UUCCUUCUUUUCUUAGGCUGAAACUACAAUGCUGGGCUAACCAGGGGUGUGAUACGUGCCAGAAAACUUAUGUACAUACUCCAGAAAGCCAUGAGGGAAACUAUGCCACAGACACCGAUCUUUUCCAGCAUGCUCGGGACGGGAUGUAGAGGACAGGUGCAACCAGACACAGGCGAGAGGAAUGGCGAUCCUGUUUAUCAGGAUGGGAACCUUAUUUCUGGAUCUCUGGAGGUCCUCAUCCAGCAUCUGGUGCCCACCAUGGAUUACUAUCCAGAUAGGACGUACAUUUUCACCUUCCUCUUGAGCUCCCGGGUCUUCAUUCAUCCUCAUGAGCUCUUGGCUAAAGUUGGACACCUCUGCCUUAAGCAGAAACAGCAGCUGGAGACCGGGGUGGAAGCAGACAAGGGGAAGCUCAAGGCCUUCGCAGCAAAGAUAAUCCAGCUUCUGAAAGGAUGGACUGAAACAUUUCCAUAUGACUUCCAGGAUGAGAAACCUAUGAAGGAGCUAAAGGAAAUUGCUCACCGGAUCACCCAGUGUGAUGAGGAAAAUGGAACGGUCAAGAAGAUCAUCAGCCAGAUGACGCAAGAGCUUCUGAUGGCUCUCGCUGCCCGUAAUCAAUACCAAGAAAUCCGGGAGAAGUUUCGUCAACCGGGGAUGGACAAAGGCCCAAUCCUUAAAACAAAGCCACAAUCAUCCCAGAAGGACAUUCUGAGUGUUUGCUGUGACCCGCUGGUCCUCGCGCAGCAACUAACACAUAUUGAACUGGAGAGGGUAAGCAACAUUUACCCAGAAGAUCUCAUGCAAAUAGUCAGCCACAUGGACUCCUUGGAUAACCACAAGUGCCGAAGCGACGUGACGAAGACCUACAAUCUGGAAGCCUACGACAAUUGGUUUAACUGCCUCAGCAUGUUGGUGGCGACGGAGAUUUGUAAGGUGGUGAAGAAGAAGCAGAGAACGAGAAUCAUGGAAUUUUUCAUUGACGUGGCGAGAGAAUGCUUCAACAUUGGAAAUUUCAACUCCAUGAUGGCUAUUAUUUCUGGCAUGAACUUGAGUCCUGUUGCCCGGCUAAAGAAAACAUGGUCCAAAGUGAAAACAGCCAAAUUUGAUGUUUUAGAGCAUCACAUGGAUCCAUCAAGCAACUUUUGUAAUUAUCGGACGGCUCUUCAAGGGGCAGCCCAGAGAUCUCAGACAGCACACAGCAGCCGGGAGAAAAUCGUCAUCCCUGUUUUCAAUCUUUUCAUUAAAGAUAUCUACUUCCUGCAUAAGAUACACACCAAUCACUUGCCGAACGGACAAAUCAACUUCAAGAAAUUCUGGGAAAUUUCAAGGCAAAUCCAUGACUUUGUCACAUGGAAACAGGUGGAAUGUCCUUUUGAGAAAGACAGGAAGAUUCAGAGCUAUCUACUCACGGCACCCAUUUACAGUGAAGAAGCUUUGUUUAUUGCCUCGUUUGAAAGUGAAGGUCCAGAAAAUCACAUGGAGAAAGACAGCUGGAAGACUCUCAGGACAACACUCCUCAACCGAGCCUGAGAAUUGGGACUUUGGAUUUUAAAGCACACUCUACAAACACUGUUUUAAAAAAAACAACAAAAACUCCUGAAUGACUUGGUUUGUGAAAAGAAGGCCUCGCUGGUUGGGGUCUGUUUUGUAUAUAUAUAUACAU